AUGAUGGACCCGAAACCUUCAAAACCGAGUGUAAAAUCACUUCAUGAAGCAGUAGCGUCUUAUGUUCGUCAACCACGACAACGUAUGACUCAAAACUACGUUCUCCUAUGGGUGGAUACCAGAAUCGCUCAAAUAAACGAAGAUUAUGAAAAUACAUUACAACAAAUACGAACUAUUACUGGUGACAUCAAUGUCUUUACGGAACGAGAUGCAUGUAUCGACUUUCUUACAGAUGUCCAAGAAGAUAUCAUGUCUUUUCUCGUUCUCAGGGAUGCUAUGUUUCAACAAAUAAUGCUUCUCAUCAAUGAUAUUCCUCAACUGCAUAGUGUCUAUAUCUUCAAUGAUACUAAAACUCUGCAUGAAGAAUGGACAAAAAAAUGCGACAAAACCAACAGCAUUCAUACCAACAUCGAUGAUCUAUGUCAAGUAUUACAAGUGGAUAUAAAACAAUGCCAUCAAGACUCGAUACCCAUGAGUUUUAUCACGGUAAAUGAAAUGGCUUCGACAAAUAAUCUGAAUCAGUUGGAGCCAACUUUUAUGUAUACCCAAAUAUUCAAGGAUAUUCUUCUUGAUAUGAAACAUGGUAAACAAGCCAUCAAACAGUUUACUCAUUAUUGUCGAAAUAAUAACAGCUUGUCAUCAAUCAAUAUUAACCGUUUUGAGAAAGAAUACCAUGCUCAAUUAUCUAUUUGGUGGUACACUUCCCCAUCCAAUAUCUAUUCUAUGCUCAAUUAUGCUCUUCGAACACUGGAUGCUGAUACAAUUAUUACUAUGGGAUUUUUUAUAUGUCAUCUGCAUCAACAAUUACAACAGUUACACGAACAUCAGGUCAACAGUUAUGGACGAAAACCUUUUAUAGUUUAUCGAGGUCAAGGUCUUCUGAAAUCAGACUUUGAAAAACUUCAAAAAACAAAAGGUGGACUUAUAUCAUUUAACAGUUUCUUGUCCACGAGUAAAGAUAAAGAAGUGUCUCUCGAAUUUGCUCGAUGUGCUUCAACCAAUCCGGAUAUGGUGGGCAUUCUGUUUAUAAUGUCCAUUGAUCCUUGUAUUAGGUCAACACCAUUUGCCUCUAUCAAAGAGAUGAGUUAUUUUAAAGGAGAAGAAGAAAUUCUCUUCUCAAUGCACACUGUUUUUCGAGUAAGCGAAAUUAAACAAAUGAAUAACUGGAAUCAAAUUUAUCAAGUUGAAUUACAAUUAACAUCGGAUGAUGAUCAACAACUACGAUUACUUGCUGAUCGGAUACGAGAAGAAGCUGGUGAUAAUACUGGAUGGAAAAGACUGGGUAGCUUAUUGCUAAAAAUAGGCAAAUUUAAUAAAGCUGAAGAACUUCAUAGCGUAUUACUCGAACAGACAUCUGAUGUGGGUGACAAAGCGACUUAUUACCAUCAGGUGGGAUAUGUCAAAGGCAAGCAAGGUGAUUAUGAAAAGGCUAUUUGGUAUUGCGAACAAGGAUUUGAAAUUCAAAAAAAACUCUUUCUUCAAAUCAUCCUGAUUUCGCUACUUCAUACAACAACAUUGGUAGUGUAUAUGCCGACAUGGAAGAAUCAUCCUCAUUUGGCUACUUCACACAACAACAUCGGUAGUAUAUAUGACAACAUGGGAGAGUACUCGAAAGCACUUUUAUACAAGGAAAAAGCACUUGAAAUCUAUCAAAAAACUCUUCCUUCAAAUCAUCCUGAUUUGACUAUUUCAUACGGCCUCAUCGGUAAUGUGUAUGACAAUAUGGGAGAGUACUCGAAAGCACUUUUAUUUUACGAAAAAGACCUCGAAAUCUGUCAAAAAACUCUUCCUUCAAAUCAUCCUUCAUUGGCUGUUUCAGACAACAACAUUGCUGGUGUAUAUUACAGUAUGAAAGACUAUGCAAAAGCACUAUCAUAUUAUGAACGAGCUCUGAACAUAUGGCAGCGUGCAUUACCUCCAACUCAUCCUCAUAUCAAAACUGUGAAGAACAAUAUUGAAAUUGUAAAAAAGAAAUUAUAA